AAUUGUCCGUCUUCAUUCCCUGUGGCGACCUGCCAUUCUGAUGGGGUUGGUCGUCAAUGGGGCAGGGGAUGGGUGUUAAGACCCACCCCUCAUAAAAACCAGGAUCACCUCCAGUCACGGCAAACCGCCGGCAACAUUUGGGGAGGAGAGCCGGAGUACAGAAGGGGGGAACUUUGGCUUCAAACACACUUUUGGGUUUGUUUUUGGUCGUAUCGUCUGUUGCACCGUUCGCACCUUGUAGCAGAGACCCAAGGUGGCAACCAUGACUCUCUCCAAGGAUUAUGAGGGGACCCUGCAACAAGCAGUCCUUCCGCCGGACGAGGAUGAGAUAGACAUUAUCGGGGAGGAUGAAUCGCAUAUCCCCGAAACUCUUUUGUCUUGUCCGGAGGAGAUGGUGUCUGCCGAACGCGUCACCGAGCUGGACUGCUCGGAAGUCGACUCGUCCGGGGAGAGCGAGAGCAGUUUCUGCGCCGACGCCGGUUCGUCCGGGAGACAACAGAACAGCUCGGUCAAACCCCCGUAUUCGUACAUAGCCCUCAUUACCAUGGCGAUCCUGCAAAGCCCACAGAAGAAGCUAACACUCAGUGGCAUCUGCGACUUCAUAAGCAACAAAUUCCCCUACUACAGGGAGAAGUUUCCCGCCUGGCAAAACUCAAUCAGGCACAACCUCUCCCUCAACGACUGCUUCAUCAAGAUCCCCCGGGAGCCCGGAAAUCCGGGCAAGGGCAACUACUGGUCCCUGGACCCAGCCUCCGAGGACAUGUUUGACAACGGCAGCUUCCUUCGUCGAAGGAAAAGGUUCAAAAGAAACCAACCAGAGUACGUGAAAGACGGCAUCAUGUUUUACCCAAAUUUCAGCCUGUCGACCUAUCGACCCUGUGGGCGACCUUACGGUGUUCAGGGCCAAGGGGGCGCGCAGGCGGCGGCCCUCAGGUACAUGCCAUUGCGGGAUGGGGUCGUGAUCCCGCCCUCUCCGUAUUUUCACUACCACGGGGUGAGCGGCGGCAAGGUCUCCGAACCAAAGGGCUUUCAGGUGCAGCUGUGCGCGAGCUCCCCGGAGCAAAAGCCCACGCGCGUGACGCAAAGCAAGUGCUCCUUCAGCAUAGACAGCAUCAUGGGGAAGACUUCGCCUUCCUGUCCGCCAAGUCUGGACGGCCCCGAGUCGCCCCCGGUGGACUAUUCGCAAUUCUUCGCGAGAUCGGCGACCUGUUUGGUUCCGGCUAUGUUUUCUGCGCCAAGAACUUCAUUUUGUCCGACUCCCUUGUUAAGCACGGUCCAUUCGGCCAUGGAAGCGAUGCAGAUUCCGUACCCUCAUUGCUAAACAUUCCAUUGCCAUUUCAGAAAUGACUCCAACUGUCGCGUAAAGGCGUUCCAUUUACGCACGACUCAUUGUGACUUCAUCUGUGAGCUGCACGUUAUUUAUGAAUUCCAAAUAAUUAUUUCUGAUAAUAUGUGUACGUCUAUCUGAUUGCUGUUUAAUUAUAGCUUUAAUGUAAAUAAAUAGAGUUAAUAUAUUUGUUAAUCGACGUGUGUUGUCAUAAUAGACUACACCAA